CGCCGGUUCUGACCCGGUCCGGGUUUCCCGGGUCUGAUGACAGAAGCCGCUUCACAGGACCAGCCCUCCGCAGAUCCCUCCGCGGAGUCUCACAUACACACACUCUUUACACAACACAAACAAACCAAGUUGUUCCGACAGAAAGCGGGGCCACACUGACACUCGGUCGGGCCACAGUCCGGCGUUAAGCUGCUUUCAUCCGUGUGGUAGAUCCAGGACUGACCGGCAACCUGAUGGCGUAUAAAGAAUGUUUUCUGGGACCUACUUUUCCUGCUGGUGCUGACGGGUAGUGAUUCGGUCGCUCCCAAACAUGGCCUCCAUGACGGAGCGACAGAUUUAAGUUUAAUUUUUCACCGAUCGUGUGCGCCCAAACUGCGUUUUUUUUCUUCCACGGCCCACGGGGAUGUUUUCACGGAGCAGCUCCGCACGGCAGACCACGGAAGCAGAUGUUAUCUGUUGGAGAAGUUUGCUGUUGAACACGUCGCUCUAAGUUGGCUGAAAGCUGGAGAGGAAAAACAGAACCGCAUUUAAUCAAAUGCCCUCUGAGGCUCAGGAGCCUCGAGACAGGGGACCACCCCCUCCUGUCACCCGGGCUGGACGCAGCGCUCAGCUGGCCAAGGCCACAGCCACAAGCCCCGCCCCUGAGAAGCGGCCCCGCGGUCGGCCCCGGAAAGAUGGGAGCAAUGGCCGCACAGCGCCUACUGCUCCUCUUCCUCCUCCUCCUCCGUCACCCAAACCUGGGAAGAAAGGGCGGAGUAGAGGAAGAGCUCAAAUAGAGGAUGAAGUGAGCAGAGGCAAUACAGUGCAGAGCCAGCCCCAGAAGAAGACAGAGCCCAAGGUGCCGACGGAGCUGAAGGAAGUGAAGCCUAUGGGACGCCGUCGGUCCACUACCAGGACGAAGUCCAACACAAGCCCAGAACAGGACCCUGAACCUCGCCAGGCCAGGCUCAGUCCCCGUCCUGAGGCAGACCCAGAGUCCACAGUCCCAGAGUUCAGCUCAAAACUAGCCCCCUGUUCUGAGGACGAAAACAGAACCAGUCCGACUCUUGCUGCACUGUUCACAGAACACAUCCUUGAGGAGAGUCCUCAGGUCUGCCCCCCUUCCCCGUCCCCAGAUUACAGACCAGAUCCUGACCUAGGAGAAGAGGGUCAGCCCAGCUUGAGCCACAACCCUGUCCCCAUGGAGAGUGGCUGCGGUCCCAGUAGGGUUACCACAGAGACUGAGGAGGGUUGUGGUAUCAGUCCAAUGGAGCAGAAUCCAGUGAUAGGUCCCUGGUCCAGUCCUCCAGUGUCCCUCGGCUUGCAACUAGAGGAUGAGGAUGAGGAUGAGGAUGAGGACUCUCUGUCCCCCCUGUUCCAGCACUCCCCAUCAGAGGACUCAGGGGGCUCACCCACCCCCAGCCUUGGACACACCAAAAAACGGCUCAAGCAGUGUGCCUUCUGUUACCGCGGCGACCAGCCUCCUCUGGGCCAGGGCCGCCUGGUGGUGUUCGGCCCGACGCCGGGCUACAUCCCGCUCCACAUCCUAAACCGCCGCACUUCCUCUGACUGCGAUGAUGACUGCCAUGACCACUGCUACCGUAGCGACCUGGCCCUGCCCACGUGCAGCAGUCCAGCACAGUGUGAAGACAAGUCUUCCUCUGAGUUCAUCAAGCAGCUUGGACCCAUCGGCCUUCCACACGACAUCAAUGUCCAAUCACUGUUCGACCCCACAGGUCAGUGCUGCGCUCAUAUGCAGUGUGCCGCCUGGUCAGAAGGUGUGCAGCAAGGUGAUGGCCAAUCAUUACUCUACGUCGACAAAGCCAUUGACUUAGGAAGCACUCAGGUGUGUAGCUUCUGCCGACGCCUCGGUGCUUCGCUGCGUUGCCAGGGGACGGGAUGUGGGCGGAGCUAUCACUUUCCCUGCGCUGCAGCUGCUGGCGUUCAUCAGGAAUGGAGUCAGAGACGGACUCUGUGCUCGAGACAUGGACGCGCAGGCUCGUUGCAGUGUGUGUUGUGUUCGGACAGUGCUGAUCCCGACGGCCUGUUGAUGUGCUGUUGCUGUGGUAACUGUUACCAUGGCAGCUGCCUGGACCCAGCCCUAACACCCUCCCCUCUGUGCCGGGCUGGAUGGCAAUGUCCUGAGUGCAGAGUGUGUCACAUCUGCAGGUUACGGGCUGAUGAAGCUGUGCUGCUAGUGUGUAAGCGCUGUGAUAAAGCUUACCAUACACACUGCCUCACACCUCCUCUGGAUCACACCCCGAGUAGCAGUUGGACCUGCAAGAACUGCAGAGUCUGUCAUCGAUGUGGGGUGACAUCAUCGGGUCAGUGGGCCAAUCAUCAAUUUCUGUGUGACUCAUGUGACCCUGCCCUUCCAUGCCCUCUCUGUGAUCGUGCUGUUGACGUCUUUGUAGCGCAGGACAAUCUGAACUGCAGCAGAUGCUACAGGUCUGUUCAUGCAGAGUGUUUGAACAAGGCUGGAGAGGGCAGUGCAGGGCCUGAGAUUUACACCUGCUCCUCCUGCAGCCCCCUGGAGGAGCUAAUCUUACGUAGUCAUACCCCAGUCCCACGCACUGACAGUUCCUUGUCACCAGGUCCACCUCACAGAGAGGUUCCACCCACCAGUCCCCCUGCUCAUAGUCCAGUCCAGCUAAUCUGUUUAGAGCCACCACAGUAUCCUACUAGGACAGACAGUCCACCAUCACUACAGACUUUGGGAACAUCUCAGCCUGACUUAUCAGAGCUCCAGCAGAGUCCCAAACCAUCUGCUAGAGACCAUCAAAGUAGUUCUCCAACUGUAGAAAGGCAAAUCAUCCCUGGACCAUCUAAGAAAGACCUUCAACUCACUCCUCCACAGUCCCCAUCUUCUCGGAGAACCAGCCCUGUACCAUCGCUGGAAGUGCUUGAAAAAAGUCAUUCACCAUCUCCUAUAAAGCUGCAAAGAAGUCCAUCACCAUCUACCAAAGAACUUCAUCAAUGUCAUGCACAGUCACCAAAGCAAAUUCAUCUAAAUUCUUCACUGACUGCUGCAAAAUAUGAACAAUCUCUAAUACCAUCUCCCUCCUUUGAUCAGUGCCUAGAGGAAUCAGCAGAUGAGGCCCCUCAGAGUCCUGCAGCGCCUCUGGCGGAGACCCCUCAGAGUCUAGCAGAGCCUCCGGCGGAGACCCCUCAGAGUCCAGCGGAGAUCCCUCAGAGUCCAGCAGCGCCUCCGGCAGAGGCCCCUCAGAAUCUAGCUGCACCUCUGGCGGAGACCCCUCAGAGUCUAGCAACACCUCUGGCGGAGACCCCUCAGAGUCCUGCAGCACCUCUGGCGGAGACCCCUCGGAGUCCUGCAGCGCCCCCGGCGGAGACCCCUCAGAGUCCUGCAGCACCUCUGGCGGAGGCCCCUCAGAGUCUAGCAGCACCUCUGGCGGAGACCCCUCAGAGUCCUGCAGCGCCUCUGGCGGAGACCCCUCAGAGUCCAGCAGCACCUCUGGCGGAGACCCCUCGGAGUCCUGCAGCGCCCCCGGCGGAGACCCCUCAGAGUCCUGCAGCACCUCUGGCGGAGGCCCCUCAGAGUCUAGCAGCACCUCUGGCGGAGACCCCUCAGAGUCCUGCAGCGCCUCUGGCGGAGGCCCCUCAGAGUCUAGCAGCACCUCUGGCGGAGGCCCCUCAGAGUCCUGCAGCGCCUCUGGCGGAGACCCCUCAGAGUCCAGCAGCGCCUCCGGCGGAGACCCCUCAGAGUCUAGCAGCGCCUCCGGCGGAGACCCCUCAGAGUCUAGCAGCGCCUCCGGCGGAGACCCCUCAGAGUCCUGCAGCGCCUCUGGCGGAGACCCCUCAGAGUCUAGCAGCACCUCUGGCGGAGGCCCCUCAGAGUCCAGCAGCCCCUCUGGCGGAGACCCCUCAGAGUCCAGCAGCACCUCUGGCGGAGGCCCCUCAGAGUCCUGCAGCGCCCCCGGCGGAGACCCCUCAGAGUCCAGCAGCACCUCUGGCGGAGACGCCUCAGAGUCCUGCAGCGCCUCUGGCGGAGACCCCUCAGAGUCCAGCAGCACCUCCGGCGGAGGCCCCUCAAAGUCCUGCAGCGCCCCCGGCGGAGACCCCUCAGAGUCUAGCAGCACCUCUGGCGGAGACCCCUCAGAGUCCAGCAGCGCCCCUGGCGGAGACCCCUCAGAGUCCUGCAGCGCCUCUGGCGGAGGCCCCUCAGAGUCCAACAGCGCCUCUGGCGGAGACCCCUCAGAGUCCUGCAGCGCCUCUGGCGGAGGCCCCUCAGAGUCCAACAGCGCCCCUGGCGGAGACCCCUCAGAGUCCAGCAGCGCCUCUGGCGGAGGCCCCUCAGAGUCCAACAGCGCCCCCGGCGGAGACCCCUCAGAGUCUAGCAGCCCCUCUGGCGGAGACCCCUCAAAGUCCUGCAGCGCCCCCGGCGGAGACCCCUCAGAGUCUAGCAGCGCCUCUGGCGGAGGCCCCUCAGAGUCCUGCAGUGCCCCCGGCGGAGACCCCUCAGAGUCUAGCAGCACCUCUGGCGGAGACCCCUCAGAGUCCUGCAAUGCCCCCGGCGGAGAUCCCUCAGAGUCUAGCAGCGCCUCUGGCGGAGGCCCCUCAGAGUCCAACAGCGCCCCCGGCGGAGACCCCUCAGAGUCUAGCAGCACCUCUGGCGGAGAACCCUCAGAGUCCUGCAGCGCCCCCGGCGGAGACACCUCAGAGUCUAGCAGCACCUCUGGCGGAGACCCCUCAGAGUCCUGCAGCGCCCCCGGCGGAGACCCCUCAGAGUCUAGCAGCACCUCUGGCGGAGACCCUGCAUGAGGGGGAGACCCCUCGGAGUCCUGCAGCGCCUCCGGGGGAGACCCUGCAUGAGGGGGAGACCCCUCGGAGUCCAGCAGCGCCCCCGGUGGAGACCCCUCAGAGUCUAGCAGCGCCUCCGGGGGAGACCCCGCGGAGUCCAGCCCCAUCUCCUAGAGAGACCCAUCAAAAUCCUCAGUCCUCAUCAGAGGAGACUCAUCAAAUCUCUAUACCAUCCCCAGAGGAAAUUCACCAACGUCCUUCAUCCGUUACGGACACCAAUGAAAUACAUAUACAGUCUCUGGAGGAGAGCUCCAACAUACUCCUAAACCAUCUUCCACAGACCCUGCUUCAGCAUCCUGCAGUACCUCAAGAAGAGACCUGUCCGAGUCCUGCAGCACCUACUGAUGAGUUUUCUCAGAGUUCCACAAAACUUCCUAAGGGAUUUCCUCAAAGUCCUGCACCAUCUCCAGAGGAAAACUAUCAAAUUCCAACACAAUAUCCAGAGGAUAGCCAUCAGAUUCUUGCGCCCUCUACUAAAGAGACACAUCAAAUUCAAAUCCCAGUAUCAUCUACUGAGAGCCACCAAAAUCCCUUAACCCUUAUGAAGGAUCCCAAUAAAAAUGAUGGACCAUCUCUGGAAGAGACCUGUCAGAGUUCCUCACCAUCACAAGAGAAGACUCAUGAAAGUCUUCCACCAUCUCUAAAGAAGAUCCAACCUCAUAAAAAUCUUGUCCCAAUAUCAGAUGAGAUCCAACAAAGUAUGGAUCAGUUUACCCAUUUGGUUCAAAAGGUUUCUGCACUAUUUUCAGUGGAGACCAAUGGUAACCAGGCACCAUAUUUAAAAGAGACUCUGCAAAGUCCAACAUCCUCUCUACAGGCAACAUGUCCCAGUCUGCUAUCUUCUUCUGAUGCAGUCAAUCAAUGUCCUGUAUCCUCUCCAGUGGAGACCUAUCAGAAAUUUUCACCAAGUUCAGCAAAACUUAGGCAAACGUCUUUAUUAUCUCCCUCAAAGCCUCAUCAGCCUGUGCCGUCUCCUUGUGAGAAAAAUGAAAUUGUGGCUCCAUCAUCAGAGGGCAUGCAUGAGUAUAAUGCUCCAACACCCCCAGGCCACAUAUUUACAAGUCCUCCUGAGGAGACUUGCCAGAUUCAGGAACCCUGUUUAGAGAACACAAGUGGACGUUUUGUACCACCCCCAGAAGCUGUUCUCCCGAGUCUUAUGUCUCCUACAAAUCUCAAAAAAGAUCUCGCACCAUCUUCUGAAAGGACUGAAGACGGCUCCAAAUUAACCUCUGUAAACCUCCCAGAAAUUGCAGAUCUCUCACCCAAAAAGAUCCAUCAAAGUCAUUUGCUUUGUCUUGCUGAACCACAAAAUCUUAAAGAAGGUUCCAUCCAUUCUAACUUAAGUACUGGAGAUCACCACGACAUGUCCAGGUUGUCUGUCAUUGGUCAUGCAAAGUGUAUAUCAAGCCUUACAUCAUCUCAGCCUGCUCGCUCUGAGAUGCAGGUACCUUCCUCAUUACCUCACUCUCAAUCAGAAAACCGGGAAAGUCCCACACCACACCAACUUAAACCUGAAAGCCCUGCUCAGUGUCAGUCAGGUGCAACAGAAUUUGAAUUUGGUCCAGUCACAACUCAUCCUUGCCCUGCUGAGCAACUUAAAAGUCCUACACAUGGGGCCCCUGCACUUCAGAGUUCUUAUAAGCUCAAUUUGACCUCUGCCCUUCCUGAACAGGAAUUAACAGAGGAUCAACAGAGUCCAGAACUGGCUCAUCGAUCUCUGCAUACACAUCCUGCACAUAGCCCUCCACAACAGAGUCUGACUCAACCAGGGCUUAGUCCUUCCAGAUUUCAACCAGGCUCUGGAAAGUCUAGGAACUAUCCAGACCCUGAGACACAGCUGCAGAGCCCAUGCAGUCCCACAAGUAUCAUGAUCUCACAGCCUAAGCACAGUCCUAACCUAUGUAAUCCACUAGAAGCUGGCACAUCAUGUAUUCAGAGUCCCACAGAGGGAACACAACCAAGAUCAGAUCCUUCACAAAAUGUCUGUACUCAGGAUCCUGAAGCCCCACAGGUCUACUGUACAUCUACCAAGAAGGCACUUAGAUCCUGUUCAGCUCCAUGUAGCCCUAAUCGUCCCCUAGGAAAACCUAGACUCCACAGCGUUUCACAACCUACAAGUCCAUUUCAGAUUCAGUAUAACCAGACUGUCAGGCAUUUAAUGAUCACCAUAGGGCAAAGUAUUGACUCUGAUGGACAGACACUAAAACUACAAUGUAGCUCAGCAAAUCUUAACUCCACCGCUGACCCAUCUACAGUGCCCUCUGCUGGGAGCACCUAUGUCCACCCCUGCUUGCCUCAUGUCUCUGCCCGACAGACACCAGAAAGCCUUGAUAACAGUAGCACUUCACUUGAACACAGUAGCCUAAUUUGCUCACCUUUUGUGCAGGACACAAAGGUAAACCAGAGUCCUCACAGAAGUCCAUCACCAUGCCCAGAAGCUGCUAAAGCAGCAGGUGAAAGUCCCACACAAGCUGAGCCAGUGCCUGCAAAUCCUGCCUUCUGUCUCAAAAUCUGUGAGAGCGUCUUGCCAACAGAGACUGCUCCCACAUCACAGCCAGCUGGUUCCAUACCAUCCAGUUCCUCCACACAACCAGACAGCCCAGAGUGUCCUCCUGUAAGAUCCAGAAUGGAACUGGUUCAACCUGCCCCCACCAUUUCCAUUCUGGAUAAAGAUAUAGAGGUUCACCCUGAAAGACAAGUCCCUACAGAGACUGUCACUGGUCUUGGUCUUAGUUUGUUACAGACUGACAUUCUCACAGAUGUCCACAGUUCUUGCAGCCCACAUUUUACCCAUACUGGUCCAGCCAGUAGCUGUGUUACCCCUAGUCUGACCAGUAUCACCUCAGGUGGUGACAGUUCACCAAGGACUAGUUGUGCUGGUCAAGCUAGUCCUGUUUAUGUAGUCCAAACACAGACUCCCAGCCUGGUUAGCCCACCUCACUCUGUUAACCCAGCUCAGGAUGGGAACAGGCCCACAACCAACACUGGAAUGAGUACCAGGUUUCCUCAAGCUGUACUGAGCUCGGCUUCUAACUCCAAUAUAGUCCUGGGGGUCAGUCUUAUUGUCCAAAAACCCUCUAAAGUUCUGCUGAAUGAUAGUGCUGUCCAAAGUGCAGAUUCUGAUGUGGAAAUGUGCCCAUCACAAGCCAGCUCCAGGCCUGAUAACCCAUCUGAUAGUGGUCCCGUCCCAGCUGAUCCUGAAGAUGGAUCACAGAGUCCUGAUAGCCCUGCUGAAUCUACUCAAAACCUUGCCAGCCCUCUGUAUUCUGACACUGCAGUACAUAGCUCUGUCAUCACCAGUGACUCACCAGCCAGCCCUUUAGGCUCCGCCCACUCACAGGUUAGCCCUCCUCUCAGAGUUUUUACCUCAAUGUUUCAAGCUCCAAGCAGUUCUGUGAGUAACUCAGGAAAAAGUUUUGUCGUUGGGACUAUUGAUUCAGAAAGUCAUCAGCCUAGACCCAUACCUGGCCCUGUGCAGCUGAAGGCAAGUGUUGAUACUGGUGCUGUUAGUCCCUUGCUUCCAGAGCCUUGUCCUGAUCUUAAUGUUGGUCCCACUAAUUCUGUAGAACCACAGUUUACUCACGCGCCUGGUGAUAGUGUUCAGCCAGAGACUUGCUCUGAUCCCGAUGUCGAUUGUGCUGGUUCUGUAUCUGAGGAGGUUAGUUCUAGUGUGGAUCUUGUUAGCCCUGUUCCUGACAUACUUGGGAAGUCUGAAAUCAGCCUUAGCCCUGGUCCCUCUGACCCAAUACAGCCUGAUUCUGGGAGUGGUCAGCAAAUUGUGAAGGAGUGUAUGUCUGCUGAAGUAAACCAGAGGAAGACAGAGGAGCGAGAAGAACCAGCUCAGGCAGUGAAGAAGAAUCCAGAAGAUGACAACAAGCCUGCUGAGAUGGGAGGAGGAGACAAGAAGUGUCAGCUCAGACUGGUUCCAGUCUGUCUUCCGUUAGGUGUCCAACUGACUGAACCCUCAGACUCCAAAGUCUCCACCGUCCCUCCAGCACCCUGCCUCUCCUCCCCAUUUUAUCCUCCAACUGGCCUUCCGGAGUUCCCCCUGUCCUCCUCUCCUUGCAGGUCUUCCUUACCUGUCUGCUCUUUGGCCACGCCCUCUAAAGAAGACUGCCCUCCAGAAGUUGAAAGAGGGAACGUGGAGGAAGUGGGGAAUGAGAGCAGUCAAUCACACAGCCUGAAAAAUCCUGUUUCCAUGGUGACAGAAACAACCAAAGAUUUAGGGCAAUCACACGGUGAGACUUCAGAGAAGCAGGAGAUGAGGACAGCAGACAGACAACUGACAGUAAGAGAGAAGCAAGAAGCAGAGGAGGAAGUGGUGCUGAUGGAGGAGCAGGAAAUAAAUGUUGAGGAGGAGACCUUAGUUAGCCCUGCUUUGGACUUGGACACCUCCUUGGACAUGGAGGUGAUGGAGUUGAUGACCUCUACUGCUCCCUCCUGUAUUCUGCAGCUGUCUUCCUCCAGCCCUCCCCCCUUCUCCUGUAGAGGAAAUGGACGGCGCCUGAGGCCUCCUCCCUGCUCCUCCCGCCCUUCAGACGACCUCUCCAUCCGCCUCAGGCAGUCUCCCUUCUCCACUGAGGCCUCUCCUGAGACCUCGCCUACCAGAACCCCCAUCACACCUCCUCCUCUUACUCCACCCUCUCCUCCCUCAUCCAGAGAGUCUCCUCUGUCCCAGGCUCCGCCCACCACUGCGUUCCUCUUCUCCCCAAAGAUCGGCAUGGGAAAACCAGCCAUCUCAAAAAGGAAAUUCUCCCCCGGCAGGGUGCGGGCCAGACAGGGAUCGUGGUGGAGCAGUCGUAGGUCGCUGAGCCCUCCCUCAUCCUCCCAGGAUUCCAUGGGGGAGGGAGAUUGGAAUAGCCCAAAACCCCAACUACUAGACUCUCCCCUCUGGAGCAUAAAAGUGGGUCGCGGUUCAGGGUUUCCAGGCAGGAGGAGGUCCAGAGGUGGAGGUGUUGGUGGAGGAAGAGGAGGGAGAGGAAGAAGUCGUCUGAAAACUCAGGACAGUCUUACUGUGGCACCUGGGGGCAGCUGCACGGAAACGUUUCAGAUGAAGGAGGAGGAGGAGAACUCCAUGCACAACUCAGUGGUGAUGUUCUCGACCUCUGACCAUUUCACUCUCAAACAGGACAUGUGUGUGGUGUGUGGCAGCUUUGGUCAGGGAGCAGAGGGACGACUGCUGGCCUGUUCCCAGUGUGGCCAGUGUUACCAUCCCUACUGCGUCAAUGUCAAGAUUACCCGGGUGGUCCUUACCAAAGGAUGGCGCUGUCUAGAGUGCACUGUGUGUGAAGCAUGCGGCGAUGCCUGCGACCCCGCCCGUCUGCUGCUGUGUGAUGACUGUGACAUCAGCUACCACACUUACUGCCUGGACCCUCCCCUCCUUACGGUGCCCAAAGGGUCAUGGAAGUGCAAGUGGUGUGUGUGGUGCGUGCAGUGCGGCUCCUCCUCCCCCGGGCUGCGCUGUGAUUGGCUGAAUAACUACAGCCUGUGCGGGCCGUGCAGCAGCCUCACUCGGUGUCCUGUCUGUCAGCAAUGUUACAUUCAGGACGAGCUCAUCCUGCAGUGCUCUCAGUGCGACAGGUGGGUUCACGGUGUGUGCCAGGGUCUGACCUCGGAGGAGAAGGUGGUGCUCGCCGCUGAUGAAGGCUUCAACUGCACGCUGUGCCAGACACACGGCCGCGCCUCCUAUGUGAGGUCUGAGACUCUGGGUCCCCUUAUGGCUCAGAUUGUCCCCAGAACAAGAGAACUGGACUUGAAGACAUACACUCAGGAUGGAGUCUGCCUCACAGAGUCCGGUCUGACCCAGAUGCAGUCCCUGGUUGAACCUCUGACGACGCAGCGCAAAUAUCGCAGGUGUAAACCCAAGCUGAAGCUGAGGAUCAUCAACCAGAACAGUGUCUCCGUCCUGCAGACCCCACCAGACCCAGAGACACCCACCGAACCGGACCAGAACCGAGAUUUUGUACCAGGUGACAUGGACUGUGGCAUGAAAUCUGACACCAGUCCUGAGCGAGACACCGCCCACUUUGAUGACAUCAAAGAGACUGACAUCACCGAUGACAACAAGAAGAGGAAGAGGAAACCUUAUAGGCCAGGCAUUGGGGGCUUUAUGGUGCGGCAGCGUGGAGGAAAAGCUGGACAGGGCAGGAAGGACUCGUCAGAGGUGGUCUCUAGUCGAGAUUCAGGUGUGUUGGAGACUGAUGUCGCCAUGGAGACAACGUCCGCUGCUGAGCAGGCAAUGGAGAAAGUUAAGAAGAGAUACAGGAAGAAGAAGACAAAGCUGGAGGAGUCAUUCCCAUCAUACCUGCAGGAGGCUUUCUUCGGCCGGGAUCUCCUUGACCGCAGCCGACAAAUGGAGGGGAGGACACACGCAAUGACCUCAGGCAGCAGUCCGUCAGGGUCAGCAGCGAGUGACACUAAAGGCCCCUCCCACAGAGUACCAGGCCCUGCCUCCUCUGUGCAGCCUUCGGGCACCAUGACAACCAGCAGGAAACAUGGAGCGUUGCCCAUGUCGUUGGAAGCUCUGGUGGAUCUUUCUGACAUCCUGAAUAGAGACCCUUGCAUUCUGGAGACAGGACACUCAGCCGGUCUGGAUAGCUCAGUGACCAAUGCCCCGUCCCUGUGUUCUGAGCCCCCUGAAGGUUCUGGUCAUGGUCAGAGGAUGGCACAGGAGGAGCCUCUGGAUGCCAUCCUGAGUCCUGAGCUGGAUAAGAUGGUCACAGAUGGAGGGAUCCUAAGUAGGCUCUACAAGAUCCCAGAACUGGAGGGGAAGGAUGUGGAGGAGAUCUUCACAGCUGUUCUGAGUCCAAGCAGCUGCAGCAGCAACAACAACCAGCUGGAGCCCAGAAAGACCCACGGCUUAGCAGCUGCAAGGUGUCCUCGUCUGUCCAUGAUGAACGGCCUGAUGUCCGCUGCUCCUCCCCUCCCAAGCACACCCCCUGCUCCCAGUGGAGCUACCUGUCUUCUGGGCUUCAGAUCGCCUCCUUCGGAUGACCCCGGCCCGGUCUCAGCCUCAGUCAGUCAGCUGUCAGCAGGGGAGGGCGAGCAGGACGUGCUGUCAACGGCUCAAAGGAGCAUGUUGAAGUGGGAGAAGGAGGAGAGUCUGGGAGAGCUGGCGACUGUUGCUCCGGUUCUGUACUGCAACACCAACUUCCCUCAGUUGAAGCAGCAGUACCCUGACUGGUCCAGCCGAGUGAAGCAGAUCAACAAGCUGUGGAGGAAGGCCAGCUCUCAGGACAGAGCACCCUUCGUACAAAAAGCUCGGGAGAACCGGGCGGCUCAGCGAAUAAACAAGGUGCAACUGUCCGAUGACACGCUAAAACGCCUGCAGCCCUCACAGCAACCACUGCAGCCACUCGGGGUCUUUGACCAUAUUUCCACUGAGACCGAGGCAGGGUUCAAAGACCCACUGAGGCCUAGAGAGUCUGAACAGGAGCAGGAGUGGAAGUUAAGACAGAUCAUGCGUCAAAAGAGCAAGCAGCUGGCAAAGAUGGAGGCAACUCAGAAGUUGGAGCAGGUCAAGAACGAGCAGCGUCAACAGCAACUCCGCCAGUCUGGACGUCUCUCCCCAGAAAGCACUGCCCACCAGCCAGUCGCUGGAGGCGACACCUCACCUAUGCAGCCUGCUCCAAGCAGGCAGCAACUCCAGCAGGAGGGGAGCUCAGGGAUGGCGGAUGACAUCUUCCUUAGACCUCAAGUCCCUCUUCCCUCUGGAAUCUCCUCCCUCCCUCACUCUCCCAUGUCAUCCUCUCCCAUGCAUCAGCCUCCGUCCUCCCCACCCUCCUCCCGCCCCCCCUCGCCGUGGGACCUGAACGGUAAAGUAGCAGGGACUCCCCGUCCCUCAGGUGCUCCUCCUCCUCAGCAGCAGUGUAUGAGUUUCUGCAGCAUUUCCCCUGCCGACGAUGCCACGGGCUCCCCUGCGCUGUCCCCUGACUCCUCCAAGCUAGGUUUGCAGCAGAGCUGGGUAGGGAUGAUGAGUCCAUCCUCUGGCUCACCCUCUGAUCUGUCCAUCAGACCUUUACGACCAAUUGAAUCCUCCCAGAGGACGAACUUGGCAGUGCAGGGUGGAGUUUUUAAAGCCCCCAUGCCCCCUCACCAGGAGCUGGGAGGAGGAGGAAGGAGAGACCUGGGCUUCCCCCUGACCCUGGAGCCUCCCUUCCCCUCUAGCCCAGUGUCUGGCCUGGGCUCCCCCAACCGCAGCCCCUACACUCAGACCCCUGGGACCCCCCGACCAGAUUAUAGCCAGCAGCCAGGUGACCCCGUUCCUCAGCAGUCCCCUUUGAGUUCCCGGCCCUCACCUGACCCCUACAGAGACCCUCAGACACCCGGUACGCCACACCCCCACUCUGACUCCGGCUACCACAUCACCCCACCUGGACUGAGACUAGAUCAGAUUAGCCAGCGCCCGUCACCGUCCAACCUAUCGCUAGACUCCUACGCUUCCAACCCAGGAACGCCCCACCCAUUGCAGCGCUUCCCACGGUCACCAGGAUCUCAGCAAAGCACCGACUUGUUCUCCCACCCUGCAGGGACACCUCACCCCUCCCCUGAUUUGUACCUGCAGCAGCCCUCCACCCCACGACCGCAGCUGGCCCCGGGAGAGAGCUUCGCCACUCAGCCUGCAGCAUCAGGUUCAUCCACUCUGGGUCCAGGACUGAUGCCUGAGGUGGGGACUUUCAACCCUGUAUGCCCUAAGCUUCAUCAGUCUCCAGGACGAAAACACGACUUGUUUCCCAGAACCAGCAGCAGUCAAAGCGGGAAGCACUCUGGGAUGCCUGAAGAGGGGGUCUUCCACACAGUAGGUCAGGACGCCUUGGAAAAGGGUCACAUAACAGCCGGCCCAUCAACGAUGAAGAAGUCCGGGACUGGUGACCUGUCUUCUCUGGAGGGAGUGAUGAGCAUACUGCCUCAGCUUGAUGACUCUGAGGAGAAACUGCAACAGCGUCUGUGGCUUCGACAGCGCAUCCUCAGGAACCAGCAGAACCAAAAGAUCGCCCUACGGCAAGAGAAAGGUCUGCUGGAACCCACCUCAGGACCUGGUGGUUCUGGCACUCCUCUUCACAGCUGGCCCUCUGAGGACUUGUCCACCAUUCCUCAUGCAGACCCGUUUGGACGCCCUCCCCCGCCAUACCCUGGGACAGUGAGGCCUCCUGCUCCCGGGUUUACUGGACGUCUCACAGGCGAGCAGAUGAGUGGCUUCACUUCAGGGGAGGCUCCCAUCCCUAGACACAACCUCCGUAGAGAUCAUUGUGUGAGAGGACAAGCUGUGAGGUUUGGUGUGUCUCAGGGAACUCCAGUAGGCCUUCAGGACCCCUCAGUUCGUCCAUCCCUAGAACAGGGAAACCUGGGCCAGUUGAGAUCGGUGCCUGCAGCAUUCACUGGAAUUCGGUCACUGAUGCAUCCCAACCUUGCCGGACCAGUGAUGCCAGGUGUCCCCCAGCUCAUCGUCCCACGGUCUCAGCCCCCUCAGCAGCAUGGCAUCAUGCCUUACAUCGAGCUCCGGCACCAUGCCGCAGAGAAUCGUCUGAGGCUGCCGUUCCCCCUGCCAACACCCCCAGAGCCACAGGAGGCCAUGCAGAUGCCCACCAGAGACCCCAACAAGUCUUCUGCAGCACGUCCUGGCUCAGUUAAGAUGGGAGAGGCAGGGUUGGACCAGCAAACUGUGGAACUGGACCAGCAGCACCUGGGUCCCGGUGAGGCUGCACUCCCCAGGUCUGAUGGGAUUGAGCAGCACCUGGAAGGAGAGGACUCGGCCGUCAAGGACCUAGAAGAUGUUGAGGUCAAGGACCUGGUGGACUUAAAUCUGAACCUGGACCCGGAGGAUGGUAAAGAAGACCUGGACCUGGGUCCUAAUGAUUUACAUCUGGACGACUUUCUUCUGACCGGUAAAUUCGACCUGAUUGCCUAUGCUGACCCAGAGCUCAACUUGGAGGACAAAAAAGACAUGUUCAAUGAGGAGCUGGACCUAGGGGAGCCAGCAGAGGACCGGGAGGGGGGCCGAGCCUUCAGGAAACCUGAUGGCCCUGCCAAUUUUCCAUGCCGUGCAAAACAGGAAGUGAAGGAAGCUAAGAAGGCUGAAGCAGAUACGCCAGCACCUCUUCCUUUGGCUACCAGUAGACCUCCAGGAGCUCCAUCUGCCUUUAUGAACAAGACAAAGCUGGAGGGCUCUGGUGCUGUUUCAGGCCCUGCUCCAGUUGUCCCAGACCAAGAGCAAACUCUGUCCUCUGUUCACCGCCUAAUGUCUCAAGGGGAGCCAUCUGUAUUUAAGCAUCACCAGAGACCAUUUGGAUCCACACCUAUCCUCCAACGUCAGUGCCCGAUUCCUUCGGGUCCGACUCCUCAGAGUUCCCCCACAAUGCCUCAAAUUCAGUCAAGCCAUCCUCCUCAGCCUCAACCUCUGAACCCCCAGAAUCAGCCUCCCCAUCCAGGCACUGAAACCCAGGGUGUGAGCUCUGUCAGCUUUCUUGAACACCAGGUUCCAGUGGAGAACCAAAACAAGACAAGGCCUCUGCUGCUGGAAGAGCAGCCGCUCCUCCUGCAGGACCUGCUGGACCAAGAACGGCAAGAGCAACAGCAGCAGAAGCAGAUGCAGGCCCUGAUCCGACAGAGGUCUGGUUCUGAGUCUGGAUUCUCCAACCUAGGUUGCGAGUCCAUCUCUGACCCGAUCAUGAAGGCCAAGAUGCAGGCUCUGAAAGGUAUCAACAGAGUGAUGAGUCAGGGGAACCUGGGCCUGAACCCAAUAGUCAUCAACAGAUUCCAGCAGACUCCAGGGACCCCGGGCCCUGAGUUAACUCCUCAGUCUCCUCACCUCCUAGGACAAGAUGGGAAGUUGAACCCUCAGCUUGUACGACGAACCCCCCCCAGCUUUGGCCCCGGCCUCAUCAAUGAGUCUCAAAGGCAACAGUACGAGGAGUGGCUCGGGGAGACGCAACAGCUCCUGCAGAUGCAACAACGGCUCUUGGAGGACCAGAUUGCAGUUCACCGCAAAGCCAAAAAGGCUAUGUCAGCUAAGCAGAGAUCGGCCAAGAGGGCAGGCCGAGCCUUUGCUGAAGAGGAUGCUGCUCAGCUGCGGUGCAUCAGUGAGCAGCAGGGGGCAGUCCAGAAACAGCUGGAGCAGAUCCGGAAGCAGCAGAAGGACCACACUGAACUUAUUGAAGACUACAGGACCAAACAACAGCAAAGGAUACUGCAGAUCCCCACCCAGAAUCCCCUGGGACAAACCAUGGUCCCUUCAAAGUUCCACACAGGCGACCCAACCCCGGUCCAACCUCCAAACAUCCCUGGCUGGACUCCAGGGUCUGGUCCUCCAGGGCCCAUGAGUCAGAGGAUACCUCCAUAUCUUACAUCCCAGUUGCCACCCACCCUGCCUAACAACCCCCAGGGUCCCACACACAUCCAGACCCCUCCAUCCAUGAGGCCUGUCCUCACAGCUCCAACACCAGAUUUCACUAUGGAACCUCAGGGCCCCUUAGUGGGGUCCCAUGGAGCUUCAGGGGACGGAGCCACACCCCAACCUCAGGUUAAAUUUGAUGACAACAACCCGUUCAGCGAAGGUUUCCUUGAGCGCGAAAGGCGGGAGCGCUUCAAAGAGCAGCAGGAGCGGCAGAGAGUUCAGCUGAUGCAGGAGGUGGAGCGUCAACGUGCCCUGCAGCAGAGUCUGGAACAGCAAGACCUUCUUGGGUCUGCAGCAGUUGGUGUGCCUGGAACAUGCAUCACACAAAUACGAGGACCUAUUCCUGGUGAAUCAUUUAGACCACCACCAUUCGCCAGUGAGGACAGUGUGUCCCAGGUACCUUUUUGCAGCUCUGAGCCUGGACUGGACUUUCUUCAGUCCUCUUCAGCCUCCAGACCUCCACAUAAAGUCCAGGGGCCUGCAGGAGGACCCUUACCCCCUCAGACAAGCCUCCAUCAAGGCUUCACAGGAGGAUCCUUGCACCCCAGAGCUUCUCCCACUGCAGGGGUACUUCCUGCAGUUGCUGCAGAGCGAGGUAAGGAUGUGGCUGCACCCACCCUCCAGUCCAGACUAAGGCUGCUGGGACAAGUGCAUCCAACAAGGAUCAGUCCUCAUCUCUUUGGACAUGAUUCCUCCUCAUCCUCGCCAUUGACCCCACUGCCCUCCUCUGGAGGUCCUGACUCCCUCAUCAACCUCAGCUUUGACAUCAUCCCUGAUAACCAACCAAAGAAGAAUAGCAGAAGAAGCAACAGAGGUGAAGAAGCAGGAGCUAGAACACCUCUGUCACCACACUCUGACAUCACAGCCCCACCUACUCCGGCUGUCUCAGACAAGUCUUCCUCCACACCCACCCACCAAUCAGAUGUCCCCCUCUCUGGCCUGGCUCUGUCCCCUGACUUAGAGAGGCAGCUACCAGCAAGCUCAACAUUCCAGCAGAGAGGCAACAUCUUGGGCAUGGAGGGCCAGAUAGACCACCUAUCUGUAAAUUGCCUGGAGGUCAAGGAGGAGCAAAUGGAGGCACAGGCCUGUUGGAGAAAUCCUGUGAAGAUGGAGGAGGGUGGGUGUGAUAACCUCUCCCCCCCUGCCUCUCAGUGGGGAGAUGGAGGGAAAGAGCUGCUCAGACACCUGUUGAGGGACAAGACUUCACCUGUAAUGAUGCCAUCCCCUACCAGACAUACCCAACCUACUGCGCACCGCCAGCUGUUCAAUGACAGUGUGCGGUCCAUAGAGAAGGAUGGAUCUGGUUUCCCUUUCAACACAGUGGCGCUGACAGAUGGUCCUGGUCCAAAGAAAAUUCAGCGCAGUAAGAGACCAAAUCAUCCUGACAAAGACAGAGCUCCACCUAAGUCCAAGAGGAGGAAGAGGGAGGAGGAAGAGGAAGAGAAGAGCUUCCCUGACCCACUGAGGUCCCAGCUGAGACAGUUGUCGGUGCUGCCACUCAUGGAGCCCAUCCUGCGGGUGGAUCUGAGCCUUUUACCACUGUUCGGCAACUCCACUCUAGGCAGAGAUUCCCGGCUGAGGGGCUCCUUUGGGAACGCCUCCUUGGAUGGCGUCUCGGACUUCUACUCCCAGCUCAUUUAUAAGAAUAACCUCAGUAACCCCCCCACACCACCGGCCUCCCUGCCCCCCACCCCUCCACCUGUUAACAGACAGAAAAUGGCCAACGGCUUUGCCACAAUGGAGGAGCUUAGCAGAAAGGACAUCAGCGAACAGGAAGGCCUGUCGACAGUGAAGCACAAAGAGGAGGAACUUCUAAAUCUAAACCAUGUGUCCAAGACUGUAGAUGUCCCAGCGUCCCUGCCAACCCCGCCCCACAACAACCAGGAGGAGCUCAGGGUCCAGGAGCCGUUAGAGUGCCACAGUCCGGAUGGUUUUGUGCCAUCAUCAUCUCCGGAGAGCGUAGUAGACAUGGAGGUCAGCAGGUACCCUGAUCUGUCUUUCAUCAAGCUGGAGCUGCCCUCACCCUGCCCGUCGCCUACAAUACCCAUCAUUCCCUGCACCUUGAGAAAAGUGAAACAGGAAGUGAAGACGGGAUCACACCUCCAGGUUCAGUCCACCUGCUCGAACACAGACCUGGUUACCAUAGCAAUCACUCUGAACCCAGCUGCCUCUCAGAACGUUUCGGGUGUGAUGGCAGCGGUGGCGGCACUCCUCAGGGUCCCCGGCUCUAUCAACUACCAGCUGAACCAAGUGGGGGGGCUCGAGCAGAGCUCCCUGGCCCUGCUGGCCAGAGUCAGUGUGCCGCUGAUGCAGGGUUCAGCAACUGGCAGAUUGCAAAGGACGCCACAUGUUGCAGAAAACCAGCCAGGCCGCUGCAGCCGCUGCAAGGGACUGCUGGGAAACGCAGUCCACUACAGACUGGAUGGUGAGUCCAAAGACAGAUCCAGUUUGGUGUUCUGCAGUCCCACCUGUUCUGCUCUGUUUGGAUCAGAGCAGCAUAGCCGUUCUGCACAAAUCAAGCCUGCAGUCCCAGUGGUGCUGACCAGUUCUGAGUGUGCUCCUCCUCUCAGCAGAACACACCACCAGUACACCAACAACAUGUCCUCCAUCGCUAUCCACUCUCUCCCCCAUGCUGAUUUGUCGUCUUCCUCCUCCUCACCGCCAUUCGCCUUCCCCCCUGCUUCCGCUAUCACCAUGGAGACGAUUCCCUACCCAGACAGCCUUAAGGUUAAAGUGAAGUUAAAGCCGCGCCCUCGGACUGUGUCAGGUGAUGACUCGCUGUGUUCCCAAAACUUGAAGAAGAUGAAAAUGUCUCGCUGGAGACGCUGGAGCUUCAGCAUCACACUCAGCAGGGGUCUGUGUGUUCCUAACAAGGCAGUUGCCAUGCUGACAGAGGAGGAAGUGGACGAGCUUCUGAAGAAGUUCGGGGCGUGCUUACGUCCUGACCCACUGCCUAAAGACCAGCGGAGAUGUUGUUUCUGCCACCAGCAGGGAGACGGGUUGACGGACGGACCAGCCAGACUUCUAAACCUGGACCUGGAUCUAUGGGUGCACCUGAACUGCGCGUUGUGGUCCAGCGAGGUGUAUGAGACACAGGCAGGUGCCCUGAUCAACGUGGAGCUGGCUCUGAGACGGGGCCUGACACUGCGCUGCGCUCACUGCACCCGCACCGGCGCCACUACCGGCUGCAACCGGCUGCGCUGCACCAACACCUACCACUUCACAUGCGCCCUGCAGGCCCACUGCACUUUCUUUAAGGAUAAGACCAUGCUCUGUCACCUCCACAAGCCUAGGAUGCUUCCUCUGAGUGGUGACAGGUCCUCCAGCUCCUCCCCCUUCUCCACACCUGGCCCGACCUCUGACCCUGUUUCAUGUUCCGACCCGUAUGACUCGGAGCUGCGAUGCUUUGCUGUGUUUCGACGGGUCUUUGUUCAACGGGACAAGGCGCGGCAGAUCGCCGCUAUUGUACAGCGAGGAGAGCGGCAGCACACCUUCCGGGUUGGCAGCCUGCUGUUUCGAGCUGUCGGCAGGCUCCUCCCACAGCAGAUGGGUGCCUUCCACAAUGAGACCGCCAUCUUCCCAGUUGGUUAUCAUGCCAAUCGCUUCUACUGGAGCAUGCGCCACAGCAACAGACGCUGCAAGUACCUGUGCUACAUCGAGGAACGUGAUGCCCAGCCACUGUUCAAGGUGAAGGUGGUGGAAAAAGGACACGAAGACGUUGUCCUGACAGGACCCACACCCAACGCUGUGUGGGCCCAGAUACUGGAACCAGUGGCCCAGAUGAGGAAAGCCAGUGGGACUCUGAAGCUGUUUCCAGUUUACUUGAAAGGAGAAGAUCUGUUUGGCUUGACCGCGUCUGCAGUUACCCGGAUCAUCGAGUCUCUGCCUGGCGUAGAGGCCUGCGAGCGUUACACCUUCCGUUACGGCAGGAACCCGCUCAUGGAGUGGCCCCUGGCCUUCAACCCAUCAGGAUCAGCUCGCUCCGAACCCAAAGCCUGCCAAGCCAAGAGGCCUUACCUGCUGACCAGCAUCGCCCCCAGGUGUCAGGGAUCUGUGGGCUCCAUUGUCGGCCUCGUUCCCGGAGUACUGUCCCUGUCUCCCAGUGAGUCGGUGGCUGGCGCCUAUCAGGGGCGCCACUCCAAGUCAGCCCAGUACCGCCGCAUGAAGGCAGAGUGGAAGAGCAACGUGUACCUGGCUCGCUCGCGCAUCCAGGGACUGGGAUUGUACGCCGCCAGAGACAUUGAGAAGUGCACCAUGGUUAUCGAGUACAUCGGAACAAUCAUCAGGAGUGAGGUGGCCAACCGCAAAGAGAGGCUUUACGAGACCCAGAACCGAGGCGUGUACAUGUUCCGCAUCGACAACGACUAUGUAAUCGACGCCACCAUCACCGGGGGACCGGCAAGGUACAUUAACCACUCAUGUGCUCCGAACUGCAUCACUGAAGUGGUAACGGUGGAGAAGGAGAACAAGAUCAUCAUUAGCUCCUGCAGACGCAUCCAGAGAGGAGAGGAGCUGUGCUAUGACUACAAGUUUGACCUGGAGGACGACCAGCACAAGAUCCCGUGUCACUGUGGAGCUGUGAACUGCCGCAAGUGGAUGAACUAAGUGCAUGGAGGUUCUCUCUGUGGGUGGAGCUAAUAUUACAUCGUCAUCAUGGUAAUAAAAUGGAUAAUUUAGAUCAGAGGAAAUAAAGAUUAUACUUUUUAAUUAAUUUACAAAUAGGACAAUGGCUAUGUUGUGGGUGGAGUCAGUACUGAUUGAUAGAUGGGGGUUGGUGCUUACUAAGAGGCUGGUCCUCAGUAUAAAUUGCUUGUAAACAUGAGCAAAGCUGUAAAUGUGAGUGUAAACGCCACUGAAAUAAAGCUUAUGUGUCGUCCUUCAAGUUGCACUAAAACACAAAAUGACAAAAAAUCACAGACCUACCUGAUUCAACUGCUUGGUCCUCCCCUGCCUCUCCUGUUAAAUAAGAGAUCUUCUUUUUGUAUUUAUUACUGAAUAAAGCUAUUUUCUAAAACUGCGAUGCAUUUGGGGUCCAAUGUGGCAGCGUGUAAAUAUCUGUACCAUAAGUAAAAAGCCAGACACAAAGUUCAGAGAUCACUCACCCCCCUCUUCCCCACCUGUUUGUGGGCAGUCUGUGUUACUUCACCCAGGGUUUGGGCUGCAGGCAUCUGCUCUGAUCCUUUCCUGGUCCUGCUGCCGUGUAUAUACGAAGUUUUAUUUAGGCUCUGCUGUGUACAGGAAAACAACAUGAAGUCUUGGUUUUGUUUUUUUAAAUAAAUGGAUGUAAACAGAGUGAUGUUUUUGGAAAAUAUGGUGAGUCUAAUUUAGAAUCAUUUACAAAAAAUAAAAUAUUUUACAUCUUAAA